AUGGCAGCUGCCGGGGCGCACUGCACGUGGCGGGCAUGUGCGAGCCGUCCUACCCGCCCAUCCCCCCCGUCUUUUUCCGACCACCCCUCCCUUUUUCUCCGUCCCCUUACCCCCGGCCCUAUCCCCGUGCAUCAUACCCGCGCGCCGUGCGCCAUCUGCGCGCUGAUCCACUUGGAUUUGAACGACGGCCUGCCCCUGGGAAUGCGCGGCGCGCGGUUGGAGCAGCACGGGCCGCGGCACCGCGGACCCACGACCUGCGCUGAGCGCUUGCCCGCGGAGGAAGAGGAGGAGGAUGAGGAUGAGGAGGAGGAGGAGGAGGAGGAGGAGGAGGAGGAGGAGGAGGAGGAGGAGGAGGAGGAGGAGGAGGAGGAGGAGGAGGAGGAGGAGGCAUUGCGCGGACUGGAGCCGUCAUUCGAUGCGAGCCACGCGGAAUUGGCGGAUGAUGCUGCGGAUGACGUGAGCGUGUAG